CAUAGACUAAAUUGUAUUAUUGUAGGUAGGCAGUUGCUUACUCAGGCUAUUUUAAUUUAUAUGUAAAAAUAUGUUUAAACGUAAUUUGACAAUUAUAAAGCGAUUUAAUGCUUACCGAUUAUCAUCGACGUUAAAUAUUGAUACUAAACCUUUCGAAGCAAUACCAGGUUUAUCCUCGUUACCUCUUCUGGGUCCUAUACAUCAUUUUCUUCCAGGAAUAGGAUCAGUUGGUUUUCGUGCAAAUUUCUGCGAUAUAUCAAAAGUUUUGUAUGAAAAAUAUGGAUCAGUAGUUAAAUUAGAUGGCGUUUUUGCUAGAGCAAGCAUGGUCAUCCUGUAUGAGCCGGAGCAUUUUGAUCAGAUAUAUCGAUCUGAAGAUAUAUUGCCAUCGAGACCAGGAUUUGAGACUCUACUGUAUUAUAGGACACAGCUAAGAAAAUCCGUUAGCAAUGGUAUUUACGGCUUAACGGUUGCAGAAGGCUCUCAAUGGCGAGAUUUUCGUACCAAAGUUAAUCCAGCUCUAUUGAAACCAAAAUUGAUAAAAUUAUAUGCACCAGUUUUAGAGGAAAUUGCUGAAGAUAUGGUUGCAAGAUUAAAAAAAUUACAAGGAAAAGGCAGUUAUUUGGAGCAGAACUUAGAUUUAGAAAUGACGAAAUGGUCAUUGGAAUCCGUGGCUGUUGUUGGUUUAGGGACCAGGCUUGGAUCGUUGGAAGACAAUUUAGCUAAUGACCAUCCAGCGAGAAUUCUUAUACAGUGUGCUCGAGAUAUUCUAGAACUUUCGUGGAAAUUGGAAUUUUUUCCAAGUCUUUGGAGAUAUUAUGAAACACGAAAUUUUAAGAAAAUGAUUAAAACAUUGGAUUUACAAUGGGAGGCCAGUGUAAAAUUUAUCGAAGAAGCCAAGAGAAAAAUUAAUGAAAGAGGUCACGAUGUUCCAGAAGAAGAUAAAAGUAUAAUAGAGAAAUUAUUAGCUGUAGACGAUAAGGUUGCUAUAAUGAUGGCAAACGAAAUGUUGCUUGCUGGAAUCGAUACAGUGGCGUAUACAACAGUUUGCCUUCUAUACAAUUUAGCCACAAAUCCCAUUGCUCAAGAAAAAAUAAGAGAAGACAUUAAAUCCUCAGAACAGAGUAAUCGGUACCUCAGAGCUUGUCUCAAAGAGUCGUUAAGAUUAUUUCCGGUUUUGCCGGCGAACCUUAGACGCACGACCAAUGAGCACAUUGUUGGAGGAUAUUGCAUUCCCAAAGGCAUCGAUGUUAUAGCACCAAACGAAUUUUUAUCUAAGAUGGAAAAACAUUACCCUCGUGCCAAAGAAUUUAUACCAGAAAGAUGGUUAGUGGACAAAUCAGAUCCUUUGUAUUAUGGCAAUUGCCAUCCCAUGAUAACACUCCCAUUUGGUUUCGGAGUGAGAUCGUGUAUCGGAAGAAGAAUUGCAGAGAUGGAAAUCGAAAUAUUCGUAAAGAAAUUAUUGAGUGACGUUAAAGUGACUUGGGAGGGCCCACCGGUUCAAGUCGGUACAAAAGUGUUGAAUUCUUUGAAAAAGCCAUACUGUUUUAAAUUUCAAUCGGUUUCUUAA